AUGCCGCGCGAAGUUGGAGACAUCAAGCAGUUCAUCGAGAUCUGCCGGCGUGAGGAUGCGUCCGACGCCCGGAUCAAGAAGUCCAAGAAGACCAGCCUGACCAAGUUCAAGGUCCGGUGCAGGCGCAACCUGUACACCCUGGUUCUCAAGGACUCUGACAAGGCCGACAAGCUAAAGCAGAGCCUGCCCCCUAACCUGACCUGCACCGAGGUCAGCAAGAAGAACAAGAAGACGGCAUAA